AAAAAUGGAUGAGAAGAGAUACAGGAAGAACAAUGAGCCAAAGGCAAUAUCUCAUUCUCACCAUUCACUUCUUUUCUUAUAUACUAUCUUAUUUUCCUCUUGCUGGGUUGCCCUAUCAAGUGGAGAAGAAGUGGUUGGCUAUGGCUACACCAUUGAAUCUGUCUCUGUCAAUCUACCUGGCAAAUGGUUGUCUGCUAAUCUCAGCCUUAUCAAGAAUUCCAUUGUUUAUGGAGCUGAUAUUCCACACCUCAACCUUUUUGCCAGCUUUGAAACAGAGGAGAGUUUAAGAAUCCGAAUAACAGAUUCUGAAAACCGAAGAUGGGAGAUUCCACAAGAGAUCAUUCCUCGAAAAAACAACUCCCCAGAAAAAAAAAUUCAACACCAUGCCAUACAGGAAAACCUGCUCCUCUCCCACUAUAACUCUGACCUCCUUUUCACCCUCCGUGACACCACUCCUUUCAGCUUCUCGGUCACUCGCAAAUCGUCAGGGGACAUCCUUUUUGACACGUCCCCUGACGCAUCCGAUGCUGGCACUUUCUUAGUCUUCAAGGACCAGUAUAUCCAGCUCUCCUCCACGCUUCCUGAACACAGGUCUUCUCUUUAUGGACUUGGAGAGCACACCAAGAGCUCUUUCAAGUUGACACCUAACCAGACACUGACUUUGUGGAAUGCUGACAUAGGGAGUGUUAAUCUUGAUGUCAAUCUUUAUGGAUCCCACCCUUUCUAUAUUGAUGUCAGAUCACCAUCUGACGAUGGCAAAGUAUCAGCAGGGACUACUCAUGGUGUCUUGCUGCUUAAUAGUAAUGGCAUGGACAUUGUUUAUGGAGGUGAUAGGAUAACUUAUAAGGUUAUUGGUGGUGUUAUCGAUCUGUAUAUUUUUGCUGGACCAUCACCGGAUAUGGUUAUGGAGCAGUACACAGAGCUUAUUGGCCGGCCUGCCCCUAUGCCAUAUUGGUCAUUUGGAUUUCAUCAAUGCCGAUAUGGCUACAAGAAUGUUUCUGAUGUUGAGGGUGUGGUUGCUGGCUAUGCAAAAGCUGGGAUCCCUCUUGAAGUUAUGUGGACAGACAUUGAUUACAUGGAUGAACAUAAGGAUUUCACUCUCGAUCCCAUCAACUUUCCAUUGGAACAAAUGAAGCAAUUUGUUGAUAACCUUCACCAAAAUGGUCAGAAAUAUGUGCUGAUAUUGGAUCCAGGUAUUGGUGUGAACACAACAUAUGAAACUUACAUAAGAGGAAUGCAAGCUGAUAUAUUUUUUAAACGCGAUGGCAACCCUUACAUGGGUGUAGUUUGGCCUGGAUCAGUCUAUUUCCCUGAUUUUCUAAAUCCAGCUGGCAGAGAUUUUUGGAGUAAUGAGAUCAAAAUAUUCCGAGAUCUUCUCCCCUUUGAUGGUCUCUGGAUUGACAUGAAUGAGAUAUCAAAUUUCAUAACCUCCCCUCCCACCCCGUUAUCUACCCUUGAUGAUCCUCCCUACAGGAUUAACAACGCCGGCAUUCAACGACCUAUCAACAAUAGGACCAUUCCUGCAACAUCUCUACAUUUUGGUAACAUUACUGAGUACAAUUUUCAUAACCUUUAUGGCUUUUUGGAAUCCGAAGCCACCAAUGCUGGUCUGAAAAAUGCAACUGGUAAAAGGCCUUUUGUACUUUCUAGAUCAACUUUCGUUGGCUCUGGAAAGUACACUGCUCAUUGGACUGGAGAUAAUGCUGCGACAUGGGAUGAUCUAGCGUACACCAUUCCAUCAAUUUUGAAUUUUGGACUGUUUGGAAUUCCAAUGGUUGGUGCCGACAUAUGCGGUUUCAGUAGAGACACGACAGAAGAGCUUUGUCGUCGCUGGAUCCAGCUAGGUGCCUUUUACCCUUUCUCAAGAGAUCACUCGGAUCUAGACACCAGACGGCAAGAGCUUUAUCUCUGGGAUUCUGUUGCUGCAACAGCAAAGAAGGUUCUUGGCCUUCGCUACCAGUUACUUCCCUACUUCUACACAUUAAUGUAUGAGGCACACAUUAAGGGGAUCCCUAUAGCACGACCUCUUUUCUUUUCAUUCCCUCAAGACCUCAAAACUUAUGACAUCAACUCACAAUUUCUGAUUGGCAAAGGUGUAAUGGUAUCACCUGUAUUGGAGUCAGGAGCUACUUCAGUUAACGCGUACUUCCCUGCAGGAAAUUGGUUUGACCUCUUCAAUUACUCUAAUUCAGUUACUGUAGAUACUGGAAAGUACACAGAACUAAGUGCGCCUGCAGAUCAUAUAAACGUUCAUGUUCAUGAAGGAAACAUCUUGGCCUUGCAAGGUGAAGCCAUGACGACAAAAGAAGCUCGAAAAACAGCAUUCCAUCUGCUGGUAGCUCUUGGCAGCACUGGAAACAGCACAGGGGAAGUUUUCAUGGAUGAUGGGGAGAGUGUGGAGAUGGGAGGGGAGGAAAAGAACUGGAGCUUUGUGAGAUUUUACAGUGAGAUAGUAGGAGAUAUGGCAAUGGUUAGAUCAAACAUCACAAAUGGAGAAUUUGCUUUGAGCCAAAAAUGGAUUGUAAGUAAAGUAACAUUCAUAGGAUUAGAAAAGACUAAGGGUUUCAAGUGGUAUGAGUUGCAGACUUCCAAGGAAACAAAGAGUGGAAAUUCAGGCGCCAAGACAAGCUUUAAUAGAAAUGGAGAGUUACAUAUGCUUGAGAUGUCAGACCUUUCUUUGUUCCUAGGAGAAGAGUUCAAGUUAGAGGUGAAAUUUAGCAUGUAAGGAUUGACAGCAAAUAUUUUCUACCAUAAAGUUGGCAAGAAUAAAAUCCAAUAAAAAGAUUGCAAUUCUUGAAA